AUGAUCCAAGUGCCCAGCGCAACAGAGGAGCGCCCUCGCAAUGGCGAGCUGUUCGACAAGGACGCGGCGCUGGCCGUCGUCAGCGAAGAGGCCAUGGAGAUCGACCCCGCGGUGGAGAAGCGCGUCUUGCGCAAGAUCGAUCUCUUCUUCAUGCCGGCGAUGCUGAUCGGAUACGGUCUGGUGUACUGGGAUAAGGCGAUCCUGGGCAGCGCGACGCUGUUCGGCAUGACGACCGAUCUCCACCUCCUGGUGAUCGAUACCAGCACGACGCCGCCGUCCAAGGACACGACGCGGCUGAGCUGGGCGACCUCGAUCUUCUACUUUGGCAUGCUCGCCGGCUUGUACCCGAUGACUUUCAUCAUGCAGCGGUUCAACAUCCAGCGUGUGCUGGGGCCGAUCGUGAUGUUGUGGGCGGUUACGUGCGCGGCGACGGCGGGCGUCACCACCUGGCAGGGGCUGUAUGUCCAGCGGUUCUUCCUAGGUACUGUUCUUUCCGAGUGUGCUGUCGUUUGCUCCCUUCGCCUAACCGAUCCAGGUUUCGUGGAAAGCGUCGUCCCGACCGGCUUCAUGACGAUCGUCAGCGGCUACUACACGCAGCGCGAGCAGUCGCUGCGCCAGGCGUGGUGGUUCUCCGGCACGGGCUGGUUCACCAUCAUCGGCGGCGCGAUGAACUACGGCUUCGGGCAGAUCACGUCGGGCUCGCUCAAACGCUGGCAGUACAUCUACAUCUUCGCGGGCAUCCUGACGUUCCUGUUCGGACUCUGGUGCUGCGUGAUGCCCAACUCGCCCGUGUCGGCCUGGUUCCUGACGCGCGAGGAGCGUGUCGUGGCCGUCGAGCGGCUGCGCAAGGGCCAGACGGGCGUGCGCUGCCAGAAGAUCAAGCUCGAGCAGAUCAAGGAGUGUGUGUUUGAUGUGAAGAUGUACCUGAUUGCCAUUAUGAUGGCUGCUGCAUACACCAUCAACGGCGCCAUCUCCGGCUUCGGCCCUCUCAUCGUCUCGACCUUUGGCUUCGACACACUCGACUCCAUCCUCUUCCAGUUCCCCGUCGGCGGCAUCUGCCUCAUUUUCAUCCCGCUGUGCGGCUACAUCUCCUCGCGCGUCCCCAACACCCGCAUCCCCAUGCUCAUCCUGUGCUGCCUGCCCGUCAUUGCCGGCUGCGUGAUCAUCUGGAAGUCCACCUGGGGGUACCAGCCGGCGGCGCCCGUGGUCGGAUACGCACUGACGGGCUUCUUCGGCCCCGUGGUCAGCCUCAUCAUCACCCUGGGGGCGAGCAACGUCGCCGGGGCCACCAAGAAGACCGUCAUGGCGGCGACCGUCUUCGUCGCCUACACGGUUGGCAACAUCAUCGGCCCGCAGCUCGUCAAGAGCAAGACCAUGCCGCAGCACUACCCGGAGCUGUGGACGGGGCUGAUCAUCUGCUACUGCAUCACCAUCGCAGCGGCCGUGGCGCUGUACCUCGUGCUUUGGAGGGAGAACCGGCGGCGCGAGGCAAUGGAGCUGGAUGAGAGCCAGCGGGAUAAGCUGGCGUUUAAUGAUCUGACGGAUAAGGAGAAUCCCUUCUUCAGAUAUGUCCUGUAG